AUGAUUGAUCCGUAUAAGACUUUAAUUUUGCACACCGAACAAUCUGAUCGGUUCAUGUUUAUAUAUAAAGCCUGUGAUUCCCUUCCCGAAUGUGAUUCGUGUCCGGUGCACUUAGAACAAAUAUCGAGAGCACAUCCUGAAGAACCGACUUUUGGCAUGGUAGCAGCAGAAACUGAUGCAAAAUUCCCAAUGUUGAAGAAACUGAACAUUCGACUGCAGAUCCAACCCCCGGCGUACCUGGCUAUGGAGGAGACGGGGCGAUUGGCUGACAACUGGAGACUGUGGCGAACACAGUAUGCAGACUUUCGUACACUGACCGAAAUGGACCGCGCAUCUAUUCCCGUACAAUUGGCUUUUUCCGUCACACGAUUGGUCCGGCUGCUCUGUGUGACAUAA